AUGCUCUGGAUCUGGGGACCUAUGCUACUGUCAUUUUGUACUGGGGCUGAUGUGAAAGCUGGUAGCUGCAAUGAGGUCAGGCAGGCAUAUAAUGCUAAGGGAUUCAGCCUGGCCAAUGUCCCCUACCAGGAGAUAGCAGAAGAGCAUCUUCGAGUAUGUCCUCAGGAAUAUACAUGCUGCACAACUAAAAUGGAAAAUAAACUUAGUCAGCAAAGUAAAUUGGAGUUUGAAAAUCUAGUUCAAGAAACAAGUCAUUUUGUCCGCACCACCUUUAUAUUGUGGCAUAGAAAGUUUGAUGAAUUUUUCAAAUCCCUUCUGGAGAAUGCAGAAAAAUCUCUUCAUGAUUUAUUUGUAAGGACAUAUGGGUUGCUUUCCACACAGAACUCAGAAAUAUUCCAGGACUUAUUUACUGAGCUAAAACAUUACUACACUGGAGGAAAUGUCAACCUCGAAGAAAUGCUGAAUGAUUUCUGGGCUCGCCUGCUAGAACGCAUGUUUCAGCUGGUAAAUCCUCAAUAUCAUUUUUCAGAAGACUAUCUUGAAUGUGUCAGCAAAUAUAUUGAUCAACUAAAACCAUUCGGAGAAGUACCUAGGAAACUGAAAGUGCAAGUUACUAAAGCUUUUGUUGCAGCCCGAACAUUUGUCCAAGGUCUAACGUUAGGCCGGGAAGUGGCCAACAAAGUAUCUAAGCUUAGUCCAAAUGCAGGAUGUCUCCGAGCAUUACUGAAGAUGCUGUAUUGUCCAUACUGUCGUGGUAUGCCCAGUUUGAAGCCUUGUACCAACUACUGCCUCAAUGUGAUGAAGGGUUGCUUGGCGAAUCAGGCGGAUUUGGACAUAGAAUGGAAUCUCUUUGUCGAUGCUAUGCUUCUAGUUGCUGACAGGCUGGAGGGGCCAUUCAAUAUUGAGUCACUUAUGGAUCCUAUCGACAUGAAAAUUUCUGAAGCCAUUGUGAACCUGCAAGAAAACAGUGUGCAAGUGUCAGGGAAGGUAUUUCUUGGAUGUGGCCAACCUAAAUCACUUCAUUCAUCAAAAACAUUGAGAUCAUUCUCAGGACGACAUAGCAUAUAUUUCAAAUCCUACAGUUUACAUGAAAAACCUACAACUGCUGCUGGAACAAGUAUGGACAGGCUGAGGACAAUAUGGAGGACAAUGCAGUACGGGGUAACAGAAAUCAAAGAUAGGCUGAAGAUUUCAAAGAAAAUCUGGUCCACUUUACCACAUUCUAUCUGUAAGGAAGAGAGAAUGACAGGAGGAGAGUCCAGUCAAGAACAGUGCUGGAAUGGUCAGAGCAAAGCUCGGUAUCUGCCAGAGGUAAUGACGGAUGGCCUGAUAAAUCAGAUCAAUAAUCCGGAGGUGGAUGUAGACAUCACAAGGCCGGACACAUUUGUAAGACAGCAAAUAAUGGCCCUACGAGCAAUGACAAACAAGCUGAGGAAUGCUCUCACUGGAAAUGAUGUCAAUUUUCAAGAUACAAGUGAAGAAACAAGCGGCUCGGGGAGUGGCAGUGGCUGCACUGAUGACAUCUGCCCUACAGAGUACGACUACAUCACUACAGAAGCGCUACCCUUUGAGCCAGACAGGAGAGAGCUGGAGUAUUCUGCAGCACCCACUCUCAACCAAUCCCUCAUUGUACUGUUCACUUCAAUUGUCCUAGUACUGGGGAGACAAUGGAGAUAA